CUGACCGCAUCAUCCUCACCUCCCACCUCCGAAUUCGACAUCGAACCGAACGCCCCGCCGAAGGUCACUAUCAUCAAAAUGUCGAACCUCAACUCUUGGGAAGACGAUCCUGCUGCCCAGGACGACAACCUGUCGCGACAGGCUCAGCAGCUCAACCUCAACCAACAACAAAACCCCCAAGCUGGCUCCUUCCGCCCAGGAGCUUCCUUCACCCCAGGCGCCUCGUCAUUUACCCCUGGCGCUCAGUCAUUCCAGCCUGGCCAGCAAUACGGCGGCUACCCGCCUCAGCAAUACCAGCAGUACUACGGUCAGGGCUAUGGCGGUCCCCCUGGUGGCUACCCUCAGUAUGGCGGCCAGCAAGGCUACAACCAGUACGGUCAGCAAGGCUACACUGGCUACCAGCAGCAGCAACAGCAGCAGGGCUACCAGCAGCAAUACGGCCAGGGAUACCCUCAAUACGGCCAGCAACAGCAACAGCCCCAGGCACAAAAGCCUGCCCCUACUAUCGCUAAGCGCCCGGCCGACGCCCCGGCUUCCGCUACCACUUCCGCAUCCGCUUCGCCCGCUCCCCAGCCGACAGUAAAGAAGGAGGGCGGCGCCAAGGUUCUGAGCAUCGGCGGUGACGCCCCUAAGCCCAAGGCCAAGGUGCUCUCCAUCGGCGGUACCGCUCCGGCCAAGGAGGAGAAGAAGGAGGCCGCCAAGGAGGAGCCUAAGAAGGAGGCCACCCCGGCCGAGGCCGGAGCCAAGGCCACUGCGGCAAAGGCCAUUGAGAAGACGGGAGCUUCCACCACUAAGUCUGGCAAGACUUCUCCGUCUCCCUCGUCUGGCCGUUCCAGCCCUUCUGGUGGCGGCAACAAGGGUGUCGUCCGCGAAGCCGAUGCUGUCCAACAAGAACAGACCGCCGACGUCGACGACGAGACUCUUAAGGAAAUCUACGGCAAGGAGCACGUCAACAUCAUCUUCAUUGGUCACGUCGACGCUGGAAAAUCAACUCUCGGUGGUUCCAUCCUCGUCAGCACCGGCAUGGUCGACAAGCGAACGCUCGACAAGUACAAGAUCGAGGCCCAGGAAAGCGGUAACCCCUCGUGGUACCUCUCGUGGGUGAUGGAUCUGACCAAGGAGGAGCGAUCUAAGGGAAAGACUGUUGAGGUCGGCAGAGGUUUCUUCGAGACGGAAAAGAGACGAUACAGUAUUCUCGACGCUCCGGGCCACAAGACGUAUGUGCCCAACAUGAUUGGUGGUGCUUCCCAAGCAGACGUCGGUAUUCUUGUCAUUUCUGCCCGCAAGGGUGAGUACGAGACCGGUUUCGAGCGUGGUGGCCAGACCAGAGAGCACGCCAUGCUUGCCAAGACCCAGGGUGUCAACAAGCUGAUUGUCGCCAUCAACAAGAUGGACGACCCUACCGUCGAGUGGUCCGAGGAGCGAUACAAGGAGUGCACGACCAAGCUGUCUCAGUUCCUGAAGGGCACCGGCUACAACUUGAAGACCGACGUUUUCUUCCUGCCCGUCGCCGCUCAGCAGACCAUGAACAUCAAGGAGAGAAUUCCCAAGGGAAUCGCUCCUUGGUGGGACGGACCUUCUCUGCUCGAGUACCUCGAUAACAUGAAGGCCCUUGAGCGCAAGGUCAACGCUCCAUUCAUGAUGGCCGUUGCUGGCAAGUACCGCGACCUUGGUACCAUGAUCGAGGGCAAGAUCGAGGCAGGUGUCAUCAAGAAGGGCAUGUCGCUCAUCAUGAUGCCCAACAAGCAAAGCGUAGACGUCGCCGCCGUGUACAGCGAGACCGAAGAGGAAACCCAGGUCGCGCAGUGCGGUGACCAGGUGCGCAUUCGUCUCAGGGGCAUCGAGGAAGAAGAUGUUAUGCCUGGCUUCGUCCUGUGCUCGCCCAAGCGCUUGGUACACAACGUUACGACUUUCGAGGCUCAAAUCCGCAUUCUGGAGCUCAAGAGCAUUCUGACGGCAGGCUUCAACUGCGUGUUGCACGUACACGCCGCCAUUGAAGAAGUCACCUUCGCGGCCCUCCUCCACAGACUGCAAAAGGGAACCAACCGAAAGAGUAAGAUGCCGCCAUCACACGCCAAGAAGGGAGACAGCAUCAUUGCCCGUAUGCAGGUCAUUGGUGGCGCCGGAACAGUGUGCGUUGAAAGAUUCGAGGACUACCCGCAGAUGGGUCGCUUCACUCUGAGAGACCAGGGACAAACCAUUGCCAUUGGCAAGAUCACUAAGCUGAUCACCGAGGAAUCGGCUUAA